AAAUUAAAUGUCAAAACAUGUGGUUUGAGUGCAAAAGCAUUGCAUUUGUUGUGCUUUUAAUGUUGUGUUUAGUGUUGUGUUUGCAAUACAUUUGAUUUGAAUGAUAAACAUUACAUAUGAAGACAUUUGAUGGUCAAAGUGGACAACAAUGCAAGUGUCAGAAGUAAACGACAUUAAGAUAUAUAACUUAAGUCACGGUAAGACUAUACCCGAAUGGCUGUCCGACCGCAAGAAACGAUUGCUGGUCAAGAAAGAUGUGGAUCUUCGGCGUCGCAUUCAACUGAUCCAAGACUUUGAGAUGCCUUCUGUAAGCAGAUGUGUUGAAGUGUCACCCGAUGGUCAAUAUAUACUGUCGACUGGUGUUUAUAAGCCACGCGUACGAUGUUAUGAUGUGAACCAAUUGGCGAUGAAGUUUGAACGGUGUUUCGAUGAAGAAGUGGUCAAAUUUAAAAUAUUGUCCGAAGAUUACACUAAACUCGUCUUCUUGUUUGUCGACAGAUAUGUUGAAUUGCAUUCACAGUCCGGUAGAUACUAUCGGAUACGUAUACCACGGUUUGGUCGUGAUAUGGUAUAUAAUGACAGCACUUGUGACCUCUAUUUUGUUGGUGACAGUAGUCAUGUUUACCGACUCAACCUCGAAAUCGGUUCAUUUCUUAAACCAUUUGACACUAAAUCCAUAUCAUUUAAUACCUGUGCCAUCAAUCGAUACCAUAAUCUAUUUGUUUGUGGAUCUCAUGAAGGAAUGGUCGAAUCAUUUGAUCCGAGGACUAAAUCAUGUGUCGGUGUUUUAGAUUGUGGUCUGAGUAGUGUUACCAAUGAAUCUAUUGUUGAUGGCAUACCAUCAGUCACUUAUGUAACCUUUAGGGAUGCCAUCCAUAUGGCUGUGGGCACCGCCACGGGUCAGAUCUUGCUAUACGAUAUUAGGUCAUCGAAACCUUAUUUAGUUAAAGAUCAUAGAUAUGGACUUCCCAUUAAAGACAUUGAGUUUAUUGAUGAUCUUGAUUUGAUUGCUUCGAUGGAUUCAAAAAUAGUGAAAUUGUGGCACAGAAAUGAUGGUCAGCCUUACACUGCAAUUCAGGCCGACUCUGAUUUUAACGAUUUAUGUAUAGUUCCCAACACUGGAAUGUUGUUUGUGGCCAAUGAGGCACCAAAAAUCUUGUCUUAUUAUAUGCCAAGUGUAGGACCUGCACCCAAAUGGUGCUCUUUUCUCGACAGAAUCACUGAAGAGUUGGAAGAAUCCAACGAAAAUACUAUUUACGACGACUACCAGUUUGUCACACAAAAAGAUUUAGAAGAUUUGGGAUUAACUCAUUUAAUGGGAACUAAUUUAUUGAAGGCUUAUAUGCACGGCUUCUUCAUAGAUAUUAGACUCUAUCAUAAGGCUAAAGCUUCUUCAGAUCCAUUUGCUUAUGAAGAGUAUAAGCGAAAGAAGAUUAAAGAAAAGAUUGAGUCUCAGAGAGCCGAUAGAGUGAACAUAAAGAGUGAUUUACCCAAAGUUAACAAACAAUUAGCACAACGUCUGGCAUUUGAAGCUCAAAAUGUGUCACAAAAAAGCUCUAAGAAAUCCAAACCAGAUCUUCUUAAAGACGAUAGAUUUAAAGAUAUCUUUACGAAUCCAGACUUUGAAAUCAACGAACAGAGUGAAGAUUAUCGACUUUUACAUCCAGUAAUUAAUAAAAAUGUACCAAAAUUUCAAACCGAAUCAAAACCAAAAUAUGUUAAAAAUUUUGAUGAGAUUCCAAGUGAUAGUGGAAGUGAUAAUAACAGUGAUUUUGAUGAACAAGAGUCAGAGUCAGAAAGCUCUGAUGAUAAUCAUAAGUGGACUGAAGAAGUUAAACAAAAUUUUAGACAAUUUAAAGAAGAAAACAGAAAUAAAGAGCGAGAAAGUCGUGUAACAAAGUUUUAUAAACUUAAAGAUCACAAAUCAUUUGCUAAUAUUAAUGAUAUGAACAGUAAUGUCGACGAAGAGAAAACAAAAUCGACAUUUGAAGAGCGACUUCGCGACUUUGAUGCAAAUAAUCAAUUGAAUUCUGGAAGUACUUCUAAAAGUGGUGGGGUUUAUGGUAACCGAGUCAUGACAUUCAAAGUUAAAAGUGAAGAGAAAAACAAAAAACAAAAUUAUAAUAAUAAUAAUAAGGAAGAGAUGGAGAAACACCUAUUGGAGCGAAAACAAGUCGCUCGAAGAGCCAAAGGAUUGAAAUUUUCGAAAAAAAUGUUUUAGUUUUUCUUGUUUUUAGUUAUAUUAAAAUAGAUAAUAAUAAAUAAAUA